UGGUGUUUUUAAUUUCAAAAAUGUUUUCUCCAUCUUCAUCAUUACAUUAAAACAUGAAGCUGUUUCUACGGACGAUUUUUUGUAAAGUUCUCUGUUUGUGUUUAGUUUGCUUGUGAAAGGGCAUUGAGAGUAUGGAAUGGCGUGAGCCUAAAGGCAGCCGAUGGAUCGUCUUCGUUGCAUUUAGACUAAAGUUGAUGAUUGCAAUGUUUUGAAAUUAUUGGAAAUACUUCGUGACUAUUGAGACAUCAGCAUUGUGCAGGUGACAAUGUCGUCUUCAGAACUCAGACCUCUUCUUUUCUUGAGCUGCGUAUGGGUUUUAAUCGCAGCGGCGAAUGGUCUUCUGUGCUACUGUGAAGUUUGCCCAAAUUCAACAUGCUCAACAGAUGGAUACUGCUUCUCAUCCAAAUCCUACCAAAAGGAUACUGGCAAAAUCAUUGAAGCAAACAGGUGCCUCGGUAGAACAAAUUUUUUCCCACCGGAAUAUUCAAGGUGGUGUAUUCGUCAACCUGUAGGAGUGUCAGCACUCUGUUGUAACUCAAAAGAUUUUUGCAACAGAGAGUUAAAACCUAUUCUGAGCACACUAGCUCCUCCAUUGUUUGGAUCAGGCCCACCAGAUCCAAUAACAGGAAAUUGGGAGAACUUUGUGGCAAUCAUCUGUACAGUUUUUGCCCUUCUAGUGGUGGUACUUGCCCUUAUUUUUUUCACUGUGAGGAAACAUCGUCAUCAACGGCUGCGCCCUCAUUACAAUUGUGAUGACAGCACUGAAGCUCCUGAUCACCCUAUUUUGGGAGGCGUUUCACUGAAAUCUAUGAUUGAAAUGACUACAAGUGGCUCGGGUUCAGGCUUACCAUUGUUGGUACAACGGAGUAUUGCUCGCCAAAUACAGCUGGCUGACAGCAUUGGCAAGGGUCGGUUUGGUGAGGUUUGGCGCGGUCGGUGGCGAGGAGAAAAUGUUGCUGUAAAGAUCUUUUCUUCUCGGGAAGAACGAUCCUGGUUCCGUGAAGCAGAAAUCUAUCAAACUGUUAUGUUGCGACAUGACAACAUCUUGGGAUUUAUUGCUGCUGACAACAAAGACAAUGGGACAUGGACACAACUGUGGCUUAUCACGGAUUAUCAUGAGUAUGGAUCUCUCUUUGAUUAUCUGUAUCGCAACACAGUGGAUGUUGCUGGAAUGAUACGUAUGGCUCUUUCAAUUGCUACAGGCCUUGCUCACCUGCAUAUGGAAAUUGUAGGCACUCAGGGUAAACCAGCUAUUGCACAUCGAGAUUUGAAGUCCAAGAAUAUACUUGUGAAAAUUAAUGGCACUUGUGCCAUAGGAGAUUUGGGUCUUGCAGUUAGAUAUGAUGUAGCGACUGACAGAGUAGACAUACCGUUAAACAACAGGGUUGGCACCAAGCGAUAUAUGGCACCAGAAGUUUUGGAUGAUACCAUUAACAUGAACCAUUUUGAUUCAUUCAAAAGAGCUGAUGUUUAUGCCAUGGGACUCGUUUUUUGGGAAAUAGCACGCAGAUGCAAUGUUGGUGGUAUUUAUGAUGAGUACCAGUUGCCUUUUUAUGAUAUGGUUCCCUCAGACCCAACAAUUGAAGAAAUGCGGAAAGUUGUCUGCCUCGAUGGUCAACGUCCAUCAAUUCCUAAUAGGUGGCAGGCGUGUGAGGCUUUGUCUGGAAUGUCUAAGGUUAUGAAAGAAUGUUGGUAUCAGAGUGCUGCUGCUCGCUUGACUGCUCUGCGAGUGAAGAAGACUUUAAGUAACUUCAAUGUUCCAGUAAACAAUAUAAUCUAGGUAUCAUAAGCUUGCAGUCCUUAUAUUUUAGGACUAUAUUUGAGUUACCACAUUUGUAAUGAUAAGACUACAAUACUGACUACAGUUGUAUUGACAAUUAUGUGGACAACAAGAGCUCAGACUAAAUCUAAAAAGAAACAUGGACCAUUUUAAGAAAAGGAAAGGGGGUAUUUUGCUGUUACUCAUUUGAUUUGAGUAAACUUUGAUACUUCUCUUAGUUUGUUUUGUUGAUGUAAUCAACUUUAAUUGAUUUUCACUAGCCGCCAUUAUUUUAAGAAGGUCUGAGUAUUUGUGAACCCAAGUCCUUAAAAUGAUUUCACCAAUACUUAAGAUUUUCCCUUAAAAUUGAUGUCUUUAUGGUCACUUUUUCAUGGAAUAUUUUCAGCAUGUUGGUGUUAACCAUAUUGGUUUUGCUUUUACAGCAUACCAUGAAUUACAGAGGGGUUGUGUGUGUGUGGAUGAUGAUGUGUUUUAUGUUUUGUUUUUUUCUCCAUCACAUCUGAAAUAUACAUAGGUUUAGAUCUCUUUACCAGGCAAUGUAAAAAUUUCUUUUGAUUUGUUGGAUUUACAAAAAAUCAACUCUAGUAAAUCUCUCCAGUUCUGAUAAAUCCAGAAAAUCUAUAAAACUUACUUUCUUACUCGCAUUGGAAACUUGCACAACCCUUUCUCUUAAAGAAGAUAAUGUACAACUUCAAAGCUUAUUGGAUAAAAAUUUAUCCAUUAAGUAAAUUUACCAUUGAAUUUGUGUAUAAUUUGUGAUAGUACUUUAAGGCACCUAAAGUUUUAUAACUGUAUGAUUAUGGUAAGUAAACACUGAUUUGUAAUAUGUAAGUCACUUAAUUUUUUAAACCAUGUUAUGUUACUGGCACAAGUUUAGGAUCGUGUAAAAAUGAAAAAAAAUUCUUCACAGCAGAGUUACAAAUUCAGUGUAACUUUUGUAUCUUAUAGGCAUGUAAGUAAGCCAAAUAUUUGCAGAUGAAACUGUUUCUAUCCCAGACUCUUGUGUAAACUCCUUCCUUUUUAUAUGAUUGCUUAUUUUAAUUUGUGGUUUGAAAAUUUUGUAGACAACCUGAAAAUAUCUAGGGCAGCUUGUGUGACACUAAGGUCAUCCAAUGCACAUGUGCUGCUUGCAAAUUUGGUUCAUUUGAGAAACUUUUGCCUGUUUUAAUAGUAUUGUAAAAAUCUAUUUUUUCAGAUUUUUGUCUGCUUCUUAGUCAGUGUCUUUUAAUCUAUAUCCUAGAUUGUUUUAAUGAACAAAGUUAGUGAAAGGUAAACACUUUUGUAAAUUGAUGUGGUUGUAAGUCGAUGUUGAUAUAUAUUCUUGGUUAUUAAUUGAUAGUGUAAGAAAGUUAUUGAUAUCUUUGACUUAUAAAGUAUUAGCAUUGGUAAAGGUAAAAGUCCAUUUUUCUAUCGCCGCACAUGGGCUUAUGUCCUGUAAGACAAGUGCUUUCUUACACUUAAAAUUUGUUCAAUUCCUUUACCAAUAUACAAUUUGUAUGUUGCACAUGGUUGAAAGUGUUACGUAGUUUUUGUAGUUUUUAAAGACUUUGUGAACUGAGUGGACUAUUUCAUAUAAUUGGAUUAGUAAGAAGGGUGUACUAUUCGUUCACAGACAUGACUGAAUAUCAAUCUACAUUUAAGACUUAACUGCCAACCAUAUCCUACAAUAUAAAUGGCAAAGCGCUCAAGCCACAUGGGAAACUAACUUCCUCAAGCUAUUUGUUUGAUGCAUGGCACAAUUAUUUCUCUUCUUUACUUGAGGAGUCUACAUCCUUCCUUAUGAAUUGGUUUGCUUUGGAUAUACUGUAUGUCUGUAGUUAUAUAUGAACAAUCGACCUCCUUCAUUCAUAUGGCUUUUACAAAUCUAGAUAUGUGUUUGGGUCCCAUGUAACUUUAAAGGUUUGUUCAAGUCUCAAAAUAUUCCUCAUCUUCAUCUGAACAUCAUUGUGUCAUUACAUCACUCAUCAUUUAUGCCUUCUUGAUUGAUCGUUUUGUAAGCAUAAGACCUGUAAUUUUUAUUGUUAUGACUGUAAAUAAAUUUGUUAAAUUAAGAAAGUAACAUUUUUCUGUUCCAAAAUAUUGUAUUAAGGUGGUGCUUUUAUAUGCUUGGGUAUCAUAGAGUAGCCCAUGCUUUCCGUUGUUGUGCUUAGUGUUGAAAACUAAUAUGUGUCUGAAGACUAAGAAGUUGUGACAAGGUGGUUAGUGUGCAUUAUCUUUGAAGAAAUAUUACAAUCUAAAGUUGGUAAAGAUAACAGAACUGAUGGCCAAUGUGGCUGAGGUUUUACGGGCUGUUCCUUUGGCCUUGUCAUUUAUCUUAUUGUUAAAAUUUGAAGCUGCUUAAAUGUUUUUAUAGAAAUCUUUGAAUGUUAAAAGUGUUUUAUUUGUAUUUUAAUGUUUUGCGUGCUUGUGAGUGUUUUGGAGAGUGUUAUUUAAAUAUGCUGGCUGCUUACAUUUCUAGAGGACCACCCUUUCUAGGGAUGAGAUAAACUCAAUUUUUAACCCGUUGGUGGAAGUAUUUGGAUUAUAUUGGGAUCAGGAAAGCUGUCUCCCUUGUCAAGGUAUGGGAUAUUUAGAGUUGUGUGAUUUUACAAUGAAUUCACUUUAAUUAUCUAAAGGAUUUGUAUUGUUCUCAAUAAUGUUUCCCAUGAUUGCAUUGCUCUCUCUUUCUCUGCUGACCACUCAAUGAACUAAAGUUAGCCUGAAGUCCAGAUCCAUUUUUUUUCCAUUGUAGACUUUUUGUUCUGACUCAGAUCAUGUUUCUUUAUUCUUCAUGUCCAUAGCUACAGAACUCUGUACCUUAAUUCAUAGAUAUGCAAACUUAUAAAUGUCUGCCAAGUUUAAAAUAAACAAACAGAAUCAGAAAA